AUGAUUAUAUUGAAAUUAUUGAUUCUAUUGGUUGCAAUUAUAUCACAAAUAUAUUGUCUCCAAUUAACCGACAAAUCCUACAAACCUUGUGAUAAUGCAAAUAAUGUCAAAUCAAUAGAAGUAAUACCGUGUAGUUCAGAGCCCUGUGCUUUCAAACGAAGCACUCAGGUCUCGGUUCGGGCAGAUUUCACAACACAAACCAAUGCUGACUUCUGUAGGCUUGAAAUGAAGGCACAAUUAGGUGAUUGGUAUCCAAUAAGUGAAGAAGCGGCCUGUCCUGGCUUUUUGAACUGUCCAUUAAAAACCAAUGAAGACAAUACAUUGAACUACAAAACUACUGUUGAUUCAGCACUUCCAGCAGGCGAACGACUGACCCGUUGGAAAUUGAUCUGUGAUUCGGGCGCUACUCAAGUGUUUUGUGCCGAUAUUAAUAUUGUUAUUCAAUAAUUACA